GGUACACAUCGUAAACAUCAGUCAUGUCUAACUUUAUCCUGGGUUUGGACGUGGGUACCUCUUCAGUAAAAGCCGUUUUAUUAGACAGAGGAUGUAGAGCUAUAGCUGCCAGUCAGUCUUUACCGACUGUUUCUGAUUUAGCCGACGAUAGCGGGAUAAAGGCGAAAGAGCAGGACACGGGUCGGAUCAUAGACACUCUGGACCGGUGCAUUGGCCUCCUGCCCAGAGACAAACUGCAGCAUGUGUGCUGCAUCGGGCUGACCGGACAGAUGCACGGAGUUUUAUUCUGGAAACCAAAAAGCGGUUGCGUCUGGUCCAAUAGUGAUUCCUUAACAGCCAAAGACACCAGUCAGCUGAUCACCUGGCAAGAUGGACGUUGCAGCAAUGACUUCCUCACCUCUCUUCCCAGACCAGACUCUCAUCUCAGCGUCGCCACGGGGUUUGGCUGUGCAACAAUCUUCUGGUACAUGAAACACAAACCCAAAUUCCUUGAGGACUUUACGGUUGCAGGUACUAUCCAGGACUAUGUGGUGUCCAUGCUGUGCGGUUUGGACAGGUGUGUGAUGACACCCCAGAAUGCAGCCAGCUGGGGCUUCUUCAACACGUCAUCCAAUCAGUGGAACGAAAACAUUCUGAAGGGUGCUGGCUUCCCUUUGCACCUGCUUCCUAAGUGUGUGCCAUCUGGUAGCUUGGCAGGAAAGACCUGCUCUCAGUGGCACGGCAUCCCUGCUGGCACGCCAGUAGGGGCCGCGCUAGGAGACUUCCAGUGCUCCGUCUACUCCUGCAUGAGCGAACGGACAGAUGCAGUCCUUAACAUAAGCACUUCAGCCCAGCUGACCUACGCCAUGCCAGCUGACUUCAAACCUCCAGAUUCUCUUCAGCCUGCCUCGUCCAUCUCCUACUUCCCUUACUUUGAGUCCACAUACUUGGCUGUUGCAGCAUCGCUCAAUGGCGGGAAUGUGUUGGCAAGUUUUGUGGAGAUGCUGACUUCCUGGAUGAGAGAGCUUGGUGCAGAGCUGAGUGACUCGUGCUUAUACGAAAAGCUGAUUCAUUGUGCCCUGAACCAGGAAACCAGCAACCUGAGGGUGAGUCCUACUAUCUUGGGAGAGAGACAUGACCCUCUCUGCCUGGGCCACGUGACUGGCAUCUCCACCUCCAAUCUCUCCCUGGGUCAUGUGAUCAGGGCUCUCUGCCAUGGAGUCCUGGACAACGUCACCUCGAUGAUGCCCGUAGAGCAUCUGCAGCAGGCGGGGGUCCGCAGGAUUGUGGGCAGUGGGAGCGCGCUCGCUCGGAACGAAGUGCUAAGACAGGAAGUGGAGAAGGCGUUCCCUCUGCAGGUGGUAUACGGACAGAACGCAGACUCUGCUUUGGGCGUGGCAAUGAUUCUCUGUGACCGCCUUUGAAUUGGAAUCGCUAUCCAGUUCUGUCUGUUUACAUGACUGAGAAUUUUGCACAUCAACUAAAGCUGACCCUAACAAAUCUUACACAGCUCAUUUUUAUUUUGAAUCUUAAAGAAAAGGCUGUGUUUGACAGGAUAGAGAUCCAAUGUUAGCAAUUUUAUAGGACCAAAAGAUAGAAGAUGUUCGUGAAAGCUCAAAGAUUUUACUGUGACUGAACAGCUCUCAUCAAUAUACUGGGAAUUUCUGAUAUUUGGGGUUGGAUUUUGUUACAGUGUAAGUCACAAUCAAAGGACGGCAUCUUUUUCCUAGACCUAGCUGCUCUUCAUUCCUCAGGAAAAAAGUCAGGCCUCUGUCACUUAGCUUUACAGCUGCUUAAUGCAGCACCAGACAGAUGCAUUAAAUGAUAGAGGCAACAAAUUCAAACUUGUUAACUGUAGGUGUCUGAAAUUUAAUAAUGACAUGGAGAGAAAUCACAGUGAGUUGGAAUGCUUUAAAGCUUCUGCAUGAUUUAUGUUCCCUGAGAUGAAGAUGCAAUCAACAUGUCAACACUGAAGCAGAAAACAGCAUGUUGAGGUGCCUUCAUUUUAGGUGUCUGGGACAGAUUCAUUUGUAGUUUCCUGUGGGAUGGGUGUUUCCUUUUCAGCUGCCUGAUUGAAACAGGUCGAAUCUUUGUGUGUUUGUGGGUUAAGUAUUUCAAAACACUGAUUGAUCAGAAUUCAGUCUGAUCAUGAAGCGCAGAUUACCAGGGUGAUCCACGCUUGGUUUAGAAUCAACCAGUGUCAUAAUAGCAGGAAUCCAAUGGAAUGGUUUCAUUUUUAGCACCUUUUUUCAUUCUUGAGAAUGAUGAGAGACUUGAGUGUUUGUUUCAGUGUAGACUCUCACAGUGCCCGUCAACUCCCACUGAGCCUUAUUUUUCUUUUUUAAUCGCACUGUCACAGCUUGGCUCACAGGCUCAAAACGGAGGUAGUAACUAGUAAUGAAUCUUUUAACUAAUUGGGCCCAAGUGUAGCUCAUGCAGCCAGUUACUUCUACAAGUAACAGCACUAUAACCAUAGCAGAGACACCUAGUGGCUGGGGGUUGUCACACUCUUCCUGGACACCAGCUGAAUCCAAAUCAUUGCUUUCCCCCCCAUUUACACUACUGCAUAUAAAAGUUUUACUCAGUUACAAUGUCUCAUUUUCAACCACACUCUGUUGUAUCAUGUUCACCAAGUUUACUGCAACAGCCUCCCCAGUCAGUGCUAACUCCACUCUCUAACUCAGGAAACCUGGUGCUUGGAAUAGGCACUUGAACAGUAGGCUGGAAAAAAUGAAGGAGCUGGAAAGCUACCAGAAAACUGAGUAUAGUCUCAAGAAUAAGUUGCUCUUGACAAAGCACCACAAAACAUCAAAUCACUGGGUGCUGGUUUAUCUCAGUUGGAUGAGCAGGCAACCAUAUGGAGUGUGGCUGAGAGUGGCCUGGCCAGGUUCGAAUUUGACCUGCAGCUCUUUGCCACAUUUCUCUCUCUCUUUUUCCCAUCAAUCUUCACUGCAUCUGUCUAAUAAAGCAAAAAAAAAAAAUGUAUAUACAUAUAUAUACAAAAACCCCAUAAGAUCCCUGAUGUGAUGGAUGUCUGAGCCAUAUGAUUGCAAAAACAAAAAAGCCAGUGCAUUUGGACAACAGAAUGAGUGCAGGAAAUUGAAUGAGUGAUAAAGACUGAUGUGUCACUUGCUCCGUUAGGGGAACUUGCUAGGAACUGUUCAGUACAUCAAGUUUACUGACAAACUGAGCUGAACCCACCCUGUUCACGCAGUCUUCCAUCCAUGGUAGAGGAUAAGCAUCUGGUUUAGUCAACCCACUUUUCAGUGAUUGGUACAGAACCCGGGAGUUGUUGGCUGUAUCCACCAACAAACAGGGAGAAGCCCAGCUUGAAGAUGAAGGUUCACAAUACUAUAAUUGAACAUAUACUGAAUUUCCUUCUCCAUCACCUUCUCUUUUCUUUCCCAGAAAGUCUUAAAACGCCAGUGAAUCAGUUGAGCGUCACCCACAUCAAUACCAUGCUCUGUUAGGUGUGUUUGAGUCUGACAAACGAAUAAUCAUUCAUGAUGACAGACGUGAACGGGCUUCCAAUUUACAGAGGGUCCUUCCUCGGCAGGCUUUCACUGGAUGGGUUUACCCUAUCACCCUCAUGUGCCAGUGAAUCCAUGCUUCCCACUGUGCUGUGGUAUGUCUUCCCCAGUUUUACAGGGCUGGGACACCCUGAUGUAAUGGGGUUUAAGCAGAUUAAUAUGACAAAAAUGAAUUUAAAAAACAAAUAGUUCUACUCUGAACUUGAAUGGCAAAGGGACCAUAAAGUGCCCUGAAAUGAGACACCACCAAAUGGCAUCAGAGCUAAAACCUGCUCACCUGGACCGAACUGCUGCAGUUUGGCUUUUGGAUAAUUAAGAUGCUUCAUUUCUAUAAUCCAGAACCGGAUUCACUAUCUCAAUGGGGUUCAGGCUGUACCACAGAAUCCCGAAGCAAACCGUGUGACCAAAUACCAUCUCAUUUAGACUAAACCCAGUAAUGAGUUGAAUUACAUCCCUGGCAGCCAGCAACAAACAGCCAUGGGUCUUUCCCAAACCUGGCCUAAUUCACAUUACCCCCACAGCAGUGUUUUCAAAGUUUGAUGGAACCAAUAAAGUGGCUCUGAAUGUGAUUAUGCCUUACUCAGACUCGUUUCAAAAUUUGAGUAAACAGAUGUGAUGAAAAGUUUGAGGGCUGAACAAUCUGUAUCACCUUUAUGAUAAUUGUGGCGGGAACGUAAGCGCUGAAACCCUUGAGCCUAGUGAAGCAGCUAGAACCGUCAAUGACACCUGCAACCUUGGAUGUGCCUCCAAGACAACCUUUUUUGACAAAACACUAAAAAAAACCCUCCCCAACAGACCAGAGAGAAUCCACAUUCCAUCAGGGACAGAACAGCAGCUGCACCUUAUACAGACUUAAACACACCAGGCACAGGCCCAGCCAAGCUCAAAGCCACAUGAAUCACAAGCCGAGGACAGCUCAGUGACCAUAACUUUCAGCAAAACAGUAACAUAACUUUUUAUUUACUACAUGUCAGAAUCUCCCAAAGCCAGAUUGCUCUGGUCUUUAUAAGACUUUAUAAGCUACAGUAACAAAGCACCUACUGCCUUGGGGGGGUCAUCGCAGCAUCCUUUAACUGACCUGUAAGAGCCAUGGGAAAUCUUCUUUCUGAUGUUUACUGCUCUUUAUUCACCUCUUCUGACAUUCAACCUUAAUUUGACCUUUAACUUAGUAUAUGUUCUACUCAAAAAGUUCAUGGAUGUCCUUUGUUUGUUUUUUUAAUAUUCCUUUUCAUACUUGUUGUCAUUUGGUUUAAGGAGAUACGAUUAUGAUUAUGAAGAUUAAAAGUCAUCAACCAGUUAAAGAGAAAACCUGUUUGUCAAGUCUAUAGCUUCAUAUUUUACUAUAAUCACAUAAACACAGUUUUUUUUCCCACAGGCACAUAUAGACGUCACAGUCCACUGCGUUAUAAGUGUGUUCACUCACUCAUUAUGCUGCAUUAAGCCACAGUGAUAGUGAUGCUACUAGAAAUAAACCAGUGUUAAUAACUGAAUUUGCGCCUGACUGUCUUUGAAUGUGUUUUUCUGCCUGCGUGAGCUCAGACGGGCUAAUAAAGAGAG